ACAUUUCAGCGAACACACGUGUGUUCUCUUCUCCUUUCUUUCCCAUUUUCUGCUCAUGCACCAAACGACGCACCACAACCAUAACCCUGCUCUGCGAAGAACCCCAAGACAUGUACGGCGUGAAAUCCCACCUCCAAUGCACCACAAUCCUGCCGGUGGCUCUUCUCAUUUCCGACCCGCCUCAAGUCCGCCGGGCCCAUGGCGUGCCUUCUCAGAACCCGAUCCGUUAUCCGGUUCAGGGAGCCCGAGACCAUUAAAUUCCUCCCGAAAACUCAAGUUCGGAAGGACGGAUUUGGGACCCGGAACCGGGACCGGGCCCGAUUCGGGUGAGCUCAAGAUUUUCACUGAUGUUGAUGGGUCUGUCAUGGAUGAGCUCUUAGCAACUUUGAAAAGAUACCGUUUGAGGUCGAAGGUUGACAUUGAGAAUGUGGGACAAGAUUUCUCUUGCUGGCAACAGUUUGGUGGGAACCUUUCAAAUGAGUUCUCAUCUUUGAAAGAUUCAAAAACUUAUUUUAUCGGCUAUGGAGGCACU